AUGAGUGGGACCUGUAUCCAUGAGCCCCGUGCCCCUUCCCCCUCCCUGUCAGGCUUUAGUACCCCGGUAUCAGAACCCCCUUAUCGGAGACUUGAUGGUGGCACCCCUGCCCGCACCCCGGAAACGGACCUGACCCCUACACAGUGUGUCCUCCGAAACGUGUUGUCAAUUGACACUAGUGGGUCGGGGGCACCGGGAGGCAGCAGCCCCACUCCCAGUGAUGGACCUUCAGGCCACUUUGAUAAUAGUGUGCUAAAACUACACGAACAUGAUGCCUGCCAGUGUGGAAGUGGCGCCGAGGCGGGCCACAGUCCAGAGGCAGGUGCUGUCCGGAGCCAUUCGGAAAAUAUUCGGCUCCAAUCGGGUAGUGGAGGUUUUUUGGAGGGUCUGUUUGGCUGCCUAAAACCUGUGUGGACCAUGAUCGGAAAGGCCUACUCUACUGAACAUAAGCAUAGCCAUGAAGAAAGCUGGGAGGUUCCAUUCGAGGAGAUCUCAGAGCUUCAGUGGGUGGGCAGUGGGGCGCAAGGGGCUGUCUUCCUAGGCAAGUUCCAUGGAGAUGAUGUGGCUGUGAAGAAAGUGCGAGACAUCAAGGAGACUGAAAUCAAACAUCUUCGAAAACUCAAGCACCCCAACAUAAUUACAUUCAAAGGGGUGUGCACCCAGGCUCCUUGUUAUUGUAUCUUAAUGGAAUACUGUGCGCAAGGCCAACUAUAUGAGGUGCUAAGAGCAGGUCGUAAAAUCACACCCUCACUCCUGGUUGACUGGUCCAUGGGCAUCGCAGGAGGCAUGAACUACCUACACCUACAUAAAAUCAUACACCGCGACCUCAAGUCCCCCAACAUGCUGAUCACACACGAUGACCUUGUAAAGAUCUCGGAUUUCGGAACAUCAAAGGAGCUCAGCGACAAGAGCACAAAGAUGUCAUUUGCGGGUACAGUGGCUUGGAUGGCUCCUGAGGUCAUUCGGAAUGAGCCAGUAUCAGAAAAGGUGGACAUUUGGUCAUUUGGAGUGGUGCUGUGGGAGAUGCUCACAGGAGAGAUCCCUUACAAAGAUGUGGAUUCUUCUGCCAUUAUCUGGGGUGUCGGAAACAACAGCUUGCAGCUACCUAUACCUGAGAGUUGCCCGGACGGCUUCAAGAUCCUCCUCAGACAAUGCUGGAACUGCAAACCCAGGAAUCGGCCUUCUUUCCGUCAAAUCCUUCUUCAUCUAGACAUAGCAUCAGCCGAUGUUCUGUCCACUCCGCAGGAGACGUACUUCAAAUCACAGGCUGAAUGGCGAGAGGAGGUGAAACAGCACUUUGAGAAGAUUAAAUCUGAGGGUACUUGCCUGCACCGACUUGAUGAGGAGCUGAUAAACCGACGCAGAGAAGAGCUCAGACAUGCUUUAGACAUUCGGGAACACUAUGAGAGGAAACUGGAGAGGGCGAAUAACCUUUACAUGGAGCUCAGUGCUGUCAUGUUGCAGCUGGAGCUCAAGGAAAAAGAGCUACAGAGGAGGGAGCAGUCCUUGGAUAAGAAGUACCCGGGUUUUUUUAAGCACCACAGCUCCAGGCAGAGUGGUUCUUCCAACAGCAUGGACAAGCUCAUCAAGAAAAGAAAUGUCCCACAGAAACUGCCCUCAGCAAAACGGCCAGACAUCCUGAAGUCUGAGGUAAUCAUUCCCAAAAUGGAUUCCUCUGUAAUGCAAGUCACUAUCCCAUCCUGCCCCACUAGAAGCUCUACUUCUCCCAAUCGAGCUCGGAGGGUAAAAACCCGCCACCGCAAGCCUGGAAAAGGCAGCAGUGGCGAUCUGGCAGGACUUAAAGCCAAUCACUCAUCUCCCAAUAAAGAAUCAGUGGUCCAUGUUAAUAGCUCAACGUCUGAUUCCUCCAAGCAGCUUCUGGAGCCCUCUGCAGCACUGCGGGGUCUCAACCAUGAGCAGCAGCAAAGGCAGAUAUCAUCCUCUAGCCCUGACCUGAUCUGUACCACACUUGAGGUGGGCAACCAAGGAAAAGAGGAUCCUCCUCGAGGUGCGCUAGAAAGAGGUGGAAGUCUCAGCGCUUCUGUGGGAUUAACAGAAUCAGAGGUGGGGGUCACCGGUUUGGAUGACCUCACAGAAACUCCCCCGCGAAGUGACACUCCUAGCGAGGAUGCUGCGUCAUUCCCCUUCUCGAGCAGCCCCGACUCACCUUGUGGGAGGGGGGCAGCAGCUGGGCGUGGAUCUCUCGGAUCUCCCCGUCUAUCCCAUGAUGGGGGAGAGGAUAAAGAAGAUGGGGCGGGCAGCGUAAGGUUGCCCAGGGGUGCUUCAGGGGGAAUUGGGAGUCAGCACCUCACACCUUCAGCCAUUCUCUACAGGGCAGCUAUUACAAGAAAACAGAGGCGUGGGGUGUCGUCAGAAGAGGAGGAGGGUGAAGUUGACAGUGAGGUUGAGUUGCCACGGAGACGACGUCCGACAAGCAUCACCAAGUGUCAGUCAGUGUCAACCUUCAGCUCAGAGAACCUGUCCGUUUCGGAUGGCGAGGAGGGCCACACUACAGACCACUCCCACAGCGGCACGCCUGAUGUAGUCAGCACCAACACGGAUGACAGGUUGGACUACCGCAGUGAUGACCUCCUCUCUCAGGGCUCAGAGAUCCCAGCAGACAACACAGAUCCUGCUCAGGCUUCCGAUGGCCUGUCAGAGAGAGACGCAACGCUGGGUCAGGCCAAAACAAAGCUGGAAGGCGACCAGAAUCCAAAUGAGUGUCGGGUCCUAUGUGACGAUUCGGAUUGCGACAGCGUUGAGCUAGACCAGUCAGGCAGCGGAGAGCCAAGCAGACCUCCCAGCGCCGGAUCAUGGAUGCCGGUCUCUCAAGGAUCAGCGCAGGCGUCUCACCCAGGACCACCAUAG